AUGCAGCCCGACUGCGCGACCUCCCUUCCCGACUCCCCCGACAUUGUUUUUCGAUUCCCGACUGACAUCCCUGACUCUCCGACCUCCAUUCCCGACUCUCGCCCCGAUUCCCGACCUCCCUUCCCGACUCUCGUCCCGAUUCCCGACCUCCCUUCCCGACUCCCCUUCCCGACUCCCCGAUUCCCGACCUCCCUUCCCGACUCUCGUCCCGAUUCCCGACCUCCCUUCCCGACUCCCCGACUCCCGACCUCCCUUCCCGACUCCCCGACCAACUCCAAGAAAGUGCCCGACUGCGCGACCUCCCUUCCCGACUCCCCCGACAUUGCUUUUCGAUUCCCGACUGACGUCCCUGACUCUCCGACCUCCUUUCCCGACUCUCGCCCCGAUUCCCGACCUCCCUUCCCGACUCUCGUCCCGAUUCCCGACCUCCCUUCCCGACUCCCCGACUCCCGACUCUGGUCCCGAUUCCCGACCUCCCUUCCCGACUCUCGUCCCGAUUCCCGACCUCCCUUCCCGACUCCCCGACUCCCGACUCCCUUCCCGACUCCCCGACGAACUCCAAGAAAGUGGUUAGAGCAACGUGUCUCCCCCAGUUAUGAGUUAUUAAGUGAUUUAACAAUUAUUGUUUGUAUAAGUGAUUUAACAAGUGACUUUAGCAGAAGUGAUUUAACAAGUGACUAG